AUGUCUAACGAAAUCAGUGAUAGUAUAUCCCAAAAUGACAAUAUCCUUGAAAUGUUUUUUGAUAACGAUUUCGUACCUCAAGCCUAUGUAGAUAUAUUGUUAUCAGCAGCAGGUUCAAAGGAUAUAAGUCAAGUACAAUUGGUAACAUCUUCACUGUUAACAAGAUUAGAUUAUUAUACUAAACAUUUAACUAGUGAAUUGAAAUCAUCAAUUGGUAAUUUAGAGAAAUUGUCUGGCACAAUUCCAAUUACAUGGUCAGCAUCAAAUCCAAGCAAUACUAGUAGCAAUAGUGCUAUGAUAGCUAAUAAUGACGAACUAGUUGGAUCAUCAAAAUUAGAGUAUUACAUUGACACUCUGAGGAGUGCUGUGAGAGGGCUAGAGGCAGAUAUGUCUAAAAUCGAUUCAAGACUAAAAGAAUUGGAUAUUAAAUAUCAAGGUGAUGAUAACGUUAUUGAACAAUUGGAAAAUUUAGUAAUGGUUAAAGGCAGAUUGGGAAGAGUUACACAGUGUUUUGAAGAAUUGAGAUCGAUAUUUGAAAUAUCUUACAGUUCAAAAACUUCUGUAAAUGAUAAUAUUAACGAUGUAAUAACAUUAGCAGAUUUUAAAGUUUCAUUAAAAACUUUGGAAGAAACAAUUGAUGAAUCCUUACACGGCUCUUCUAAAACAGAAAAACGCAACGAACGUAAUACAGAAUUGUUAAAUAAGAUAGACCAUUUCAUUGAGUUAAAACCUGUCUUUAAAGGAUUAGACAAUUUCUAUCCGGUGUAUAUGGAAUUUGCAGAUAAUAUAAAGAAGAAGGCAGAUAUAUAUUUAAGUACAAAAGAUAUAGAAGACGAAUUUUAA